AUUUUUUGACCGUCUCUAAGAAAGUACCCAUCGCUAGAAAUUUACCAAUUCGUCUGGUAACCGAGGUUUUUCUUGUUUCGGCAUAAAAAUGCUCCAAAAUCGCUGUUUCUAGAGCUAAAAUCGCGCAACGUCUCGGAAUUGCAUGUAUUUCGCGAAAUUCGGGCAAUUGGAAAAACCGCGCAGCCAGCAAAUUCGUUUCACCUAAGCUGCAUUUGUAUACAGAGCAGGUGGUGUUGUCUCCCUCUCGCGCCCGCACUGCUCGCUCUCGAUGUGCGAGCGAAACAACAACAAACAAGUUACAAGCUCCAACAAAAUUCCGUCUUCAUUCAAUGCAAAACUGGAGCUUGACUCCAGCAAAGACGACACCAUUCACUCCACAAGCUUGAACAAGAAACUGGUCAAGAUUAAAAAGUUUAAGUUAGACGAUAUGAAGGAGAUGGUGGGCGGAUGUUGCGUUUGUUCGGACGAGCGGGGGUGGCCGGAGAACCCGCUCGUCUAUUGUGACGGCCAAAACUGUACGGUGGCAGUGCACCAGGCGUGCUACGGCAUUGUGACGGUUCCCACGGGUCCCUGGUACUGCCGCAAGUGCGAGUCCCAGGAGCGAACCUCAAGGGUCCGAUGCGAACUAUGUCCCUCGCGGGAUGGAGCCCUCAAGAAGACAGAUAACAGCGGCUGGGCCCACGUCGUCUGCGCUUUAUACAUCCCAGAGGUGCGGUUUGGGAAUGUAACCACCAUGGAGCCUAUCAUAUUGUCAUUAAUACCGACGGAGCGGUAUUCAAGGACUUGCUAUAUUUGCCAGGAGAUUGGCAAACCAAAUCGUGCCAACGUCGGCGCUUGUAUGCAGUGCAACAAAUCAAACUGCAAGCAGCAGUUUCACGUCACCUGUGCCCAGAGCCUUGGUUUGCUCUGCGAGGAGGCGGGAAACUAUCUGGAUAACGUGAAAUACUGCGGCUACUGUCAGCACCAUUACAGCAAACUGAAAAAGGGCGGCAACGUCAAAACCAUACCGCCAUAUAAACCCAUUCAACAUGACACCUCUUCCGAUUCGUGUUCGUCGCCCGAGAAGGAAAUCGAUUCCACCAUGAACUCUGCAGCGACUUCAGCGACGAGCAUUAAGAUCACCAGCAGCAAUACCAGUGGUGGCGGCAGCAGCAGUGCUUUGAAUGCUAGCUCCAGUGUUGGAAUUUCCGGGGGAAGCGGCAGUGGAAGUGGCGUCUCAUCGUCCUCCAAGCAGCGCAAAAGCAAUACAUCCGGAAAAUCGUCGAGCAGCAGUAGCAGCAGCUCAUCGUCCUCAACGGGAGUGGCUGCCAACCCCUCCUCGAGUUCUGCGCACUCGGGAAGUGCAAGCAAUCUGGCAGCUGGAAGCAGUUUACUACCAGGCGGUAGUAAUACCAUCGGCAAUAGUAGCAGUAAUUUAAGCAAUACGCUGGCGGUAGGAAGCGGAUCUGCCAGCAGUACUGGAAACGUGGCUAGUGGAAGCUCCAGUGGAGCAAACGUAGCCGCAUCCAGCAGUGGGGCUACGCAAUCGACGGCCAGUCAAUCGUCGACGCCAGCAGCCACCACAAAAUCAUCGGCCAGCAGUUCGAGUAGUAGUAGCAGUAGCUAUAAGGAAAAACAUAGCAAAAGUUUAAGCAAAUCCACCUCAAGCAAGGAUAAGGAUGGAAAAGAUAACGCAAGCCAUUCAGCUAAUAACAAUUUCUCGAAUUCAUCAGCCUCAUCAACAUCAUCAAACUCAUCGUCGACACGAGAGAAAUCCUCAUCAAAGCUUUCGAAGAACAAAGACUCUAUUCAAGUACCAAGUGCCACCAGUAGCACGAGCACAACCAGCAGUAUAACCACCCACCCCAGUUCGUCCACUUCAACAGCUAGCAGUGGCUUGGGGGGAACUGGGACCCAUGUGAGCAGUUCGGCCGCCAGUGGAAUUAACUCCACUGCCUCCACAACCAAUGAGCACUCAAAUCAUGCCCAUAAUCUUAGCACAAAUGGAGCAGGAGGUGGAAGUACAGCCGGAAAGCAACAGUCAGCCAGUAAUCUGAGCAAUCCUCAUCUCAGCACCAGUAGUUCUGGUUUUGGAUCGGAAUUAAGAACGGGGAGCACAUCAUCAAACUCGGCUUUAAACGAUUCCUCCGGAUUUGGUAAUAAUUCAAAUUCCGAAAGAGAGAAUAUAUCAGGCGCUGGAUCGUCUACGAGUAAUUCAACCGGAGCAAUAGCGCCGGGCUUGGGUGGCGUAUCCUCCAGUGCGGCCACUAAUUUAAGCACCAAUAAGGGAGGCUCGUCGUCAUCGGCGGCGAGCAAUCUGUCAUCUACGAACCUUUCCUCUGGCAACUCCUCUAAUUCGACAUCGAAAAAACGAAAGGCAGACUCUGCCAAGUCUAGCAGUAAUGUAUCCAUAGCUGGCUCCGACGAUAACAAUAGGUGGGGAACGAGAAUCGCAAAGAAAAGCCUAAUGUCCCGGUAUGAUAUCAAAGAUGUUCAUGUAGCACUGACACCGCUAACAGACUUUGAGAAGGAAAUCGAGAAGAGCUCCAAGAGGCAACGUACCGAACUCAGCCCGCCGACCCACCAAACAUCCGCCACCGCCGAAGUAAAUGCACCGCUGGCCAGCUCCACGAGUGCGUCCAUUGCGGUAACGGCGAGUGCGACAACGGCCUCAGUCCCUCCGGCAACGGGCAGCACUACCUCAGGCUCCACCUCCAGCGGCAAUGCAGGCUCAACCUCCAGCGGCAGCAGUACCGGAGGAUCGGCGACCGGGGGAGCGCCAUCAGUCGCGGGAUCUGGCGGCUAUCCAAAGACAGAAUCGAGCAAGUCGAGUGGCUCAGGAAGUACAGGCGGUGGCAGCAGCAGCAGUAGCAGCGGCAGCAAGCACGGCAGCAACAUCAAGGACAUCAGCAGCAGUAGCAGCAGUCAGCAGCCGACGACUGGGAGCAGCAGCAGUGCACCCAGCCUGUAUGUCUCUGUGCCGCUGUCCACGGCCAAUGUACCUGGAAUCAAUCUGCCCACCAGCAGCAGUAGCAGUAAUACCACCAGCGAAUCCCAUUCAGCUUCAUCGCGUGGAAGUGGCGCCCAAUCGCAGCAGAGCAAUCUACCGCCCAUGGGUGGAUCAACUGCAGCGUUUCACGGUGGUGCGAGCAGCGGUGGCCCCAGCGGUGGCUCCUCGUCGGUCAUCCAGCACCAGAGCGGCAAGUCAUCGCCGGCCUUGGGCACCCUAGUCAGCGGGAACAGUGGUGGCAGUAUAAUCUCCGCCAGUGGAGUCCCACUAGCCAGCGGCAACCUCACUGCCACGACCACGGAGAGCGGGAACUUGAAGAUCAGCUUUGAGAAGCAAACGACCAGAGUGCAGCAGUUGCAGGAGCAGGAGGCGCCACCGGCACGACGGAGCAGAUCGCGCUCCGGUGAGAGUGGCAGUAGUCACCACCAUGCCCACCACCACCACCAUCACCCCACCCACCACAAUAGCCAUCACCAACAAAAUCCACAGCAGCAGCAACAAUUACACCAACAGCAGCCACAGAACGCGUCAUCACAGCAGCCACAUGCGCUGCACUCCUCCACCAACUCGUCCUCAUCCUCCACCACAUCUACCUCCUCGUCCUCCCUGACUGGUGGCUCUGCCUCCGCCUCAGCCCCAGCCACAUCCUCCUCCAAUUCCAAGGGUCCCUCGAGAUCGGGGAAAAAGCGUGGGGCUGCGCAGAGUAAGAAUGAGGGAACUUCGGUGGCGACAACGGCAACACCAGCACCAGUUGCCGCCACACCAGCCGAGAAGCAGAGUCGCCACAGUUCGCCCCACUACAGUGCCACGCCCACCCCGCCACCGUCGACUGCGCCACCACCGGUGGUGUCCUCGCCGGUGGUUAUGUUGCAAUCCCUAUCCUCGUCUUCGGUCGAUUCCCCGCCAGUAACAGUGGCUACAGCGACUGCAACUAAUCGCAACACGCGCAACAACAGUAGCAGUAGCAACACCAAUCACAAUGGCGAGCCGACGUCCUCGUCCUGCUCGUCCACUUCGUCCUCCUCCUCGAGUGGCGGCUCCAGUGGUGUGGCCAAUGUGGUUAAUCUGCUAGACUCGCCGGUUAAUAUGUCAGCAUCCGGAAACUAUCGCGGCAGCAGCAAUUCCACCAGCACUGUGUUGCCGCCGAGCAGCAACGGCAGCAGCCAAGCCAAGCCCCUGAACAAGAAAAUGUUGCGUGCGCAGCAAACGCAGCUGUAUCAGCAACAACAGCAGCAGCAACAACAACAGCAGCAGCAGCAGUAUGCACCCCCCGCUAGAUCCAACUCCCCCACAAAUCUUAGCUCAGCCUCAGCUUCCAACUCCGCUAGCUUUACGCACUUGCAACAACAGCAACAGCAACAACCACAGCAGCAACAUGAAGAUCUAGAGAUAUUGCAAUUCACUAAUACUAAUACCACUCCCUCUUCCAAUACGCCCACGUCGAAACCCAACAACAGAACGCCCGAUCUCAGCACGGCCAGCAACUCAUCGUCAUCAGCAUCUGCAGUGCCCGCAACAACAACCACUCCUUUGGUCAUGCUGAGCAACCAGUUGCCACUUAACUCGAUGGCGGGUGGUGGCUCUUCCGGCGGCCUCAAGUUCACCUACGAGAGUCAGACGCAGCUGGACGUGCCCAUGAUGCCUGUGAGCGCCAUAAAGGACUCGCCACCCAGCUCGCCCGGCUCAGAGAUUGGAUCGGCCAUGCACUCGGCGACGGCAGCAUCCGGUUCCCUGACCGCCGCAGCUCCAACAUCGGCGGCGGCUCAGCCUGGAAAUGUCCGGAAACGUGGACGCAAGGCAAAGGACUCGACGAUAGCAGCGGCGGCGGCGGCGGCUGCGGCAGCAGCAGCAGCUAUCAACAAUGCUCAACAGGAUCUCAAGGAUGUGCGCAUACUGCAGAAUGGGGUGGCCAGUGGCUCGAGCAAUCCAGCCAGCAGCACGCCCACGCCCCCUGCCACGCCUGCUGCCUCCACGACUGCCAGUUCAGCCAGUUCGAUCAUCACGCACACGGCUGCCCAUAUGUUGGGCAACCAGAUCAACCCAAACAGCAGCGUGGCCCAGAAGCUGUCCGAGCAGUUGCACAUGGAGGUGCAGGAUCACUCGAUCUACACUUCCGACUCCAUGAGCUCGCAGUACACCGGAGUUCCGUUCCCCGGCAAGCAGCGCAAUUCGAGCAUUGCCCCUAGUAACGCAGCACCAGCUCCAAAUCCGCUGCAGUCGAUGUUCAGCGGUGGUAUGAACGGCAACAUGCCCAUUCCGCAGAGUCUGGAGCAGCUGCUCGAGCGCCAGUGGGAGCAGGGCUCGCAGUUUCUCAUGGAGCAGGCGCAGCACUUUGACAUUGCCUCGCUGCUUAAUUGCCUGCACCAGCUGCAGAGCGAGAACCUCCGGCUGGAGGAGCACGUGACCAGCCUGAUAGCGCGACGAGAUCACCUGCUGGCGGUCAAUGCGCGUCUGCAGAUCCCGCUAAACAGCAUUACUAGUGGUGCCAAGGCCGAGGCGCACGCCGCCAUAUCAACAACGGCAGCUCCAACAACCACCACAACAACCUCAACAACAACAGCAACAUCAACUUGUACAACUUCUGUCAUUUCCACACUAGCUUCCAGCAGCAACAGCGGCAGCAGCAGCAUCGGACUCGGCAGCAACAUCAGCGCCCUAAAUGCGGCCACAACCAUCGCAGCAGCGGUUUCGCUGGCCACCACUGCCAUCAAUACCACCAUCCCGACGAUGGCCAACAGUCGACCCACGGUGGCAGCUGCCAGUUCCACCGGAGUAGUGUUGGACUAUCGCGGACCAGGUGCCACAAGUAACAGCAGUGGCAGCAACAGCACCAGUGGCAACAAUGCAACAAGCAACAGCGUGAACAGCAGCAACAGUAACCCUGCGACCUCUUCGAAUGCCAGCGGGCCCGCUGCAACAUCGAUGUCCAUCUCCGGCAUGAACAUGACCAGUGCAGCCAAUUUGGGAAUGAGACACGUUUCGGCCCAUUCGUACAACAACGCCGGAAACAGCAACAGCAGCGUUGGGACCUUGAAUGCCAACAGCGCCGUCAACAGCAACAGCUUGCAUCACCAGCAUCCGUCGCAGCUGCAGCAGCAACAGGCGCAACACCAGUCGCAUCCUUCGCAGCAGCAGCAACAGCAGCAGCACGCGCAACAAGUGCAGCAGCAUCUGCACCAGUCGCACCACACCAGCGCUGCUGUGGCAGCCGCCCACAUGCUGGGCGUGGGAAUGAGCCUGGGCGCUGGAGGUGGGUCUGCUGCUGGCAUUGGACGAGGUGGGUCAGCGACAGCCAUGGCUGCAACAGCAGCAACAACCACAACUACUUUUACGACCACAGCGGGCACGGGCAUGGGUCAGCAGCACCACCACCCACACCCACACCAACAUCCUAGCAUUCAGAUUCAAGUGGGUGGCGGCGGCGUUGGCGUUGACGGUUUAAGUAGCACCUCCUCCUCCUAUGCGGUGCACCACGCGGCUCUCUACAGCACGCAUCACCAGGUAGUAGAUCCCAACUAAGGCGCGACGAUAACAUCGCCAAAACUAGCUGAAAGUCGUACCGUGAGCAAGUGCUUCAGCAGCCGCAGCAGCUGAAGAAAAAGCAAUCCGUGAGCAAACGAGGAGGACGUCACAACAGCAGCAGCAGCAGUAGCAGCAAUCAUGGCAACAACAAACUGGCCCAGCAAUGCAAACACGACAAGCUGAAGUCGGCGCAGCUUGGCUUUCAGCAGCUGAUCGACAAAAAUGACGAUGAUCUCAGCAGCCAUAGCAGCUCUUCCACCUUUUCGUCCUCCUCGCAGCAGCAGUCUUCGGUGGACUACGAGGCGGAGGACGAGAACGAGGACAAACAACGCAGGCCACUGCACAAGAACGAGAACGACAGCUUGUUGCAUGUACAGAAUUUUCUCAAGUGCUUUGGGCCCAAUGCCUACGCAUCGGCAAAGGCACCUCCUCCUGCAACCGCUACAAAAUCAUUAGCCUUCGUCAAGUCGCCGGGUGAAGGAGCAGAGCUGCGUGCCUGGCGCCAGAAUUAUUGCCCCCCAAUCAAUACAGUUCAAGUAGCCACCACAACAGCAACAUCGCAGGCCCCAGCGACAACCUUAGCGGAUAGCACUGCCACAAAUACACCAAUGUUUCAAGCCCAGUCAAGUGCAAACCACAAACCAACCAAGUUUCAAAUAAACACCAAGUUUCUGCGCAAACCACGCAACAAACUGUUGAAAAUGCUGCCAACAGCAACGGCGACUUCGGCGGCAACCGCUCCCAAGCAACAGGAGCAACUGCAGCAGCCGCAGCUGUUCAACGAUGAUUCCAACGCCAAAUUCAAAGACUUUUCAAUCGACUCGCUAUUGAAUAAGUAAACGUAAAACACUAUCGGAUUAGCAGUUACACCCUAGCCUUAUUAUUUGUAGCAUAAUUAAACAAGUACCAGCAGAGCCCAAGUCGCGUUCCUAGUUCCCCUCCCAACAUAGCCACCACAGAUUUUGUUUAGCCAAUCGAGUACCCAUAACAUGAACAUAGCAACAACGUAUUAUAACUAUAAUUAGGUUGUUUAUUUAUUACAUGCAUAUUGUUUAACUAAUGGCGCAAUUCAUAACUAGCGUAAGAAUGUAAAUAUCUACUUAAAUACGAGAUAAUAAACCACAAACAGAUGUGCUAGAAUUUAAA